AAAAAGGCCGCCUUGUCUUACUGCAUGCAAGUCUAACUUUAAUGGUGUCUCAUGUUACAACCUUAGAAGACGGGUAUUUCAAGGCAUUGCAUGGAAUCCGAAUAAAAAACUACGGUCUUUCCGUGCCUUUUCCGUAUGUUUCAGACACACAUUGCUGUUUAAUAUGUCUACAGCAAGGCAACUGUCAAAGUGCCAAUGUUCACGAGAGAGAAGGACUUUGUGAAUUGAAUAAGUUUGGACCUCAAGAUUCCGGAGCAGUUACGGAAGUCAACCAGUCUUGGUCUGUGUACUACAAAUCAAAUGUCGAGGAUAGAGAAUUGAUGCUUCGGGCGACCUCUGGUGUUGGAUUUAGCGUCAGAGACACUUGGCUGGGAACACUUUCCCCACCACCCCCUCAGGACGGGUGUAAAUCAAUGGCGUCAGCAGUGUGUACUACACACUAUAGGAAUCCAAAGAUCGACCUCUGGGAGACAUUAUCUAUAUCUGAGGUAAUGAUAGAACUAUACAAGAACGGAUCCAGAGUAAUGUUCAUGACCUUCAACGGGACUGGAUCUAACCUUGAGAGCUGGAUGUCCUCGUCCAGACUUUUGACCAGUAGCUGGACAACGCUGUCUCCGACCAGAAAUUUUAUUUACUUCUCCGUCAAGGGGGACCAGCCCUGCUCUCGUGUUUUCUUAAUACUACAGAAUUAUGGUGGUUGCCCUAAAGACGCUGGCUGGUUUGUGGUUCUGGACCCGAUCUCAUCUGACUGUUGUCCGGGUGAGUGGAGCGACCUCUCAAAGAAACCUAAGUUUGUCUACUCCGCAUUGGACAAUGUGGCCAGGUAUCAGAGUACAGAUGUCGACUUUGCCGAUGUGAUGGCGGUGUUCGUCAAGUACACGUAAUGAGUCCAGUCUAUUUCAUGACAACCAGAAACCCGUAUCUAU